AGGUUUUGGAUGGGAUGACACAAAGCUCCCCUGUAGUUACCCAGACUGCUGGCAGCAAUCAAGGAACUGACAAAAAGAAACAAGCCCUGCUAAUUCUGCGCUGGGCCUAUAACAAGAGCCACACUGUUUCUUUGCCACAUUCAUGGCGCCGACAUCUUUAUUGACGCUGAUAUGGUCUGCCCACGGGAUCUGACGUUGUCACAUGCACCACAAAGUUACAUCGUCUACCAACUCUGCCCUGGAAAGGACUCUUGUGUCAUAAUGCAAAUUAGCAUUUCUAAUAGUAUCAGGAGGUAUUAAGGACAAGUAUAAGAUGACUCGUUUAAUGUGCAUUUUAUUGACAAUAUUAUCCAGCACCAUCCUUCUUCUUCUUCUUCUUCUAAUUAGUUUAAUGGCUACACAAUGUCCGCGUACUCAUCAUUUCUGCCCAGAUGAUUGGAUUGGCUUCCAAAAAAAAUGCUAUUAUUUCUCUAAAGAAGAAGGUGAUUGGAAUUCAAGUAGACAUGACUGUAUCACUCGAGGUGCAGACCUAACUAUCAUUGACACGACAAAAGAAAUGGAUUUUCUUAAGCGAUACAAAUGCACUGCUGAUCACUGGAUUGGGCUGGAGAUAACAGAAAAUCAAACACUACAAUGGGUAAAUGGAACCAUGUCUAAAAUAUGGUUUCCGGUGAGAGGAAAUGAAAAGUGUGCUUACCUCGAUAACGAUGGUGCGGCAACAGCUAGAUGCUACACAGACAGAAAAUGGAUUUGCAGGAUGCAAAUGCACUAAAUUCAGGUUUCUAUAGUGGAAUUACAAUACAGGUGCAAUGAUCUUUGUAGCUGGUUUUCUCUCCUCCUGUGUAAGUUAAUUUUCAACACUCUACUGCUUUAGCCUGAUAAUACAUCUUGAUAGUUGUUAAAAUAAUUUCCUCCAACUUAUUUUUCUACUCUUCACAUGGCCUGUACCUUUGCUUUUCUGUAACAUUUUAGAAGAAUCUUGUAAUUUCACAGGAUCGCUAGGUCAAUUUGAGAAGUGUUGUGUGUAUUUAUGGUAUUAUUUUUCUACUUAUUUAUAUGUUUUGUAUUGUGUUGGUCUUCUUGAGUGAUCUGUAAUUUUUCUAAUGAGUCGUGAAUGUUAUUUAUUAUAUGUGCCCAUAUUGAAUGUAUCUGAUGUUUAUGUUAUUGCAAUUGUAUGAUUUUAUUACUUUUUAAAAUAGUUACUUUAUAUAUGGAAAUGUAACUGUUUUGGCUAUUCUGUUCAACAUACAUUCUGAAAACGUCCAAUUUCUAACAAUUGGUGGAUUCUUUUAAAUAUUGUAAGACAGCACUUUUAUUUUUUCUUAUCUUAUAACUGUUACUUAAUUCUUGUCUAAUUAAAAUGUGUAGGACUUCCAGGACAAUA